AUGACUAUCGAACCUAACUGCUCCCAGGGGUGGGAAUGUGAGUGCAAGCGAGAAGCCAAAUGUGGAUCGAGUAAAGCCAAUAGAACCAAGCUAAAAAAUGAAUUUCGCACGCCUUGGCCUGGAAGCGCCGUUCUUCUUCAGAAGUUUUCGCUCCCGUCUCCAAAGUCCCUUCCUAGCGAACAAAACGAGAUGGUUAUCCACUGCCAAGCCACCAAUAGUCACUUCCUCUGCGACGGUAUCAUCGACACUCAAGAAGCUGCCCACCUCCAUCGGGGGCGUCAGUAAAAAGUUGCCAAUCAUAGAUGAACGAAUGGAAAACCAUCUAUCCCCGACUCGGACGCGACUUCUACGCAAAAAGCGCUUGGCCAUCGAUGAACUCUCUGCUUUGGGAUUUCUCAAUACGCGCGGAUAUACAACUGCCGAGGAAUACAAUCUGGAGGAACUGCAGGCAGCCCUUAAAGACCAGAAUCUUUACGAGACGAAACGUUUCUUUUCCACUGACAGCUUGGACGGCGAGCACAAUGUUCUCUAUGUGGCGGCCAAAUAUCAAACUGGUCAACAUCCACGCGAAAUAUUCUUCUUUCGCGAGGGAUCGGUGAUCUUUUGGAAUUGUACCGACAUCGAGGCGAAUAAUGUCUUGAAUUUCUUACGCUCCUUCGAGCGGGAAUCCUAUGUAAGUGCUCUGAUACAUGGUGAGAGCGAAAUGAUGCCCUACACAUAUAUACCUGCUGCCCCCGUGGAUGUUGAGGGUGAUUUGGUGGCGGAGAGCAGUGAUUACAAUGCCAGCACUUCGCGAGCAUUCUUUCAAAAUGGGAAAUUCUUUGUCACCGCCGAUACCGAUAAUUUCCUCUAUAAAUAUACAUUCUCAAAUGCCAUGGCCCAGUCCAUCAAGCUGGGCAUAUGGGAGGCCCAAUUAGAUCGUUACAUUGACUCCAUGGAGUAUUUGACCGAGGAUCUUAAGCGUGGUCGACGUCUACGCAUCUCAAGGGCCGCAAUGCUACGAAAAACUGGUGAACUUUUCGCCCUCCGCCAUCAGAUUAAUCUCUCCUCCGAUCUAUUAGAUGCCCCCGAUUUCUAUUGGGAUCGCGAAGAGCUGGAAGGUAUCUAUUUGCAAGUAUGCUCAUAUUUCAGCAUUAGCCGCCGCACCAAGGUAAUGAACGAGAAAAUUAAUCACUGUGUGGAGCUUGCAGAGCUGGUGUCUCACAAUUUAAACGAUGCCCAUCACAUACGCCUCGAAUGGAUGAUCAUCAUUCUGAUUAUGGUUGAAGUCGGUUUUGAGAUAUUGCAUUUUAUUACACCUGAAAAGCAUAGUCUUGAAGUGUUGCCCCUGUCUGACAGUAAACAUUGAUUGUUCCUACCUCCCCUCCCCUCCUGUAUUUAGUAAAUAAGUUCAUUUUGUUGUAUUAUAUUAAAGAUUUAUCAAAAUUUUUAUCCUAGUUAGUUCCAGCAUCUAUAAUCUGACCAUUUCUCGGGAUUUAUAGCUAUACCAAAUUUAAUUCAAGUCUUUUAAAUUGUGCAAAAUUGUGAAUUAUCUUUAUUAUUAUGUGAACGAAAUUGAAUGUUUAACAAAAUG